ACCGUAAUUGUCACUUCCUCUCCCAUAAUUCCAAGUGGUCACUCACUGUACAUCCUUAAACCAGGAUCCUUUUGGAAGAUCACAUCUGGAUGUCUUAUAUGGUCAAUUGUAUCAAGUCAAGUGUUGAGGUUAUUCAAUUCCAUGUUGAGAUUGUUUCUGAACCCUGUGUGGCUACGUCACACGUUUUUGCCGGAAGUUUUAACGGAUGCUGUUGGUGACAUUUAGUAGGAAACCAUCCCAGGAAGCCACUCCAUGCCCUAACUGAAUGCUUCUUGUUCUUGAGAGACUUUCCGUUAAGUUGUAUUUGUCCUGUAGCUUUCUUUUCCACACGUUGGGCAAUCCUCCUGAGUCUUUCGCCAGUUUGAGCUGGAAACAAGAUACAUGGCUGUUUGACUUGCUCUAAGGUCCUAACGUGGAAAAAUAACAUUCAAGUGUUGUGACUGUUUGAUUUUUGUCAUCUUUUACCGCCAUUUAAAUUCUGUUCAUGCAGACAUACUUUUAGAGGAUAUACAUGUGUUUUUGAUCAUUUGAAAGACACACAGGUCUGAAAUUUUGUGAAUGUAACAUUUGUUCUCGCUAAGGGAACAGUGAAAUUUUGUCAAACUGGAGUCCGAAAUGGUUGAGGAAAAAUCAUCUUCUGAUUCAGAAACCUAUACACCACGCAGCAUGCCUGCGGCCAGCCCUAACACAACCAGUAGCCAGUCCAGUAACUCUGGGGAACAACUUAGUCAGACCAACCUAUAUAUACGAGGCCUCAACCCUAACACAACCGACAAAGACUUAGUUAAUCUCUGCCAACCAUAUGGCAAAAUUAUUUCCACCAAAGCCAUUAUAGAUCAACAAACCAACAAAUGUAAAGGAUAUGGAUUUGUGGACUUUGAGUCACCCACAGCAGCAGAGGUUGCUGUCCAAGCCUUACAGUCACAGGGAAUCCAGGCUCAGAUGGCCAAACAACAAGAGCAGGACCCUACUAAUCUAUAUAUCGCCAACCUUCCAAUAUACUUUGCCGAGACCAAUCUAGAGAAUAUGUUCAAGGACUACGGUACCGUGAUAUCCACAAGAAUUUUACGGAAGCCCGACGGAAUCAGUCGAGGGGUCGGGUUUAGCCGAAUGGAAUCCAAAGAAAAAUGCGAGAGGAUCAUUGAUCAAUUCAACGGAAAAAUCCUUCCAGGUUGCACAGAGCCGUUGUUGGUGAAGUUUGCUGAUGGAGGAAACAAGAAGAAGACAGCCAUCCCACAAAUGAGGAAUGAGUUGGCCCAGAGUUUGGUUGGCCUUGACAAAAGCGGAUCCCUACAGGCCUACUUCCAACAAAUGGGAGAUCCAAGCCUUGCCUUAGCUGCCUAUGCUGAUCAAGCCCUUGCAACAAAUGGAGUUGGAACUCCUGCCUUAAUGACCCCAGCUGGCCUGACCCUGCCCCGCUACACGGUAGCCACCACCCCCCAGACCUACCAGGUGGCCCAGACUAACCCCGCCGCCGCUGCCGCUCAGGGCUGGGUCCACCCCGGAUACAUCAUGCAGCCACCAAUGGCCCAUUACCUCGCCACUUCCCCCCUAGCCCAGUCAGCUUACUCACAGAUUCCAUACCAAGGGGGUGCCAUGAUACAAGGCCUUCAGAUUGAUCCUGACCAAGCCAGUGGGGAUGAACAAUUACAGGCUAACCUCCAAGCUGCCUAUGCAACUCAGUCAAGCUUCACAUAAGUCAAGGCCACAUGCACCAGACUAGCCCUAUUACUUAGGCUGAGAGGAUUAACUGAUCGGUGCUAUAUUUGUAUCCAAAGUCAUCAAUCCCCCCUGCUGAACAGGCCUCCACUGGACGCAUAACAUUUUCAUCAAUUUGUGACAUUUGUUUACUAUAAUUUUAAUGAAAGUGGAUAAAAUUGUUUUUUUUCCACAAUUACACAAUUCCUUUAAAUAAUCUUUCUUGUUUUUUGAUAUGGCAGCAUUUCUCCUCCAUGUAACCAAAAUAAUGUCUAUAAUAUACAAGAUUAUUUUGCAUCGGACAAAGUAGGAAAUGUUUUGUGACAAAAGUUUUGCUUCGUUGUUAAAAAAAAAUACAAAAAAAAAAUAUUGAAGAGUUAAAGAGUUGCCAUGCCCAUUGUCUUAGGGCAAGGUCAUGAACUACAUGUUUUACAGGACUGUUAUGCAAUAAGAAAUACUGUUAAAUGAAGCCCCUUUAUUUGUGUUUGAGAGUUAACAUUCUUUUAUUCCUACCUCGGCCAUUUGUUAAUUGUGUGAUUGACAUGUAAUAUAUAUAGUUCAACAGUUCAAAUCAAAACAAUAAUGUUGGUAGAACAAUCGCUAAAUGACAAUAGCUUAUUAGUUGUUGAUUAAUGUUUCAGUGUUUCCAAUUAAUCGUUAAUGAGAUUAUCUUACUUGUUAUUUUCUGUAAUUGUGAUUUUUAUUUGUUUUUCUUUUUAAAUUCCUCCAAUUUUUAAACUAAAAUCAUUAUCUAAGAAGUGGUAUGUCCAUUCAGGUAGUAGUUUUUCUGUGGUAAAAUUGAAAACAAUUAAUUAAUAUUAAAAACAAUUUUUAAGUAAAAUAGGAAUGAUUAAUGACAACAAAUUUUAAUGAAAAUUAUAUAUUAAUUCUUUUUAAAAUUAUUAUAACUUGCCCUUUAUAUCAGGUAUUUUAAAAUUGCUCAUCAACUUACAUGUUAUGGAUUAUAAGCAAUAUAAUAAUGCUUAACUCAAUGAAAUGACUUUGUGAAUAGACUUGUGAAACUGGGUAUAACACAAUAUAGCAACUCACUGUGAAUGCUGAUUUAUAAAAAAAAAAUUUUUGUACAAAGAUUUUAGAACUCUGUUUCUAUGUGUACCACUCUGCUGCUCUGGAAUUUCCAUCAUCCUAAAAAAACCUGUCUAUGUGUUUGUCUUUGUCAUUCAUCUCUACUUUCAUUAUGUCUACUCUCAUUUUCCAUUAGGGUAGUUAGAUAAAUCAUGUCAUCAUUUACACCUUAUGUUGCUUUUUGCAUUUGUGAUGAAUUGCUUGGCAUAUACACAUGUACAAUUUUAUUGGUCAUUAUUUUUUUUACCUAAGGCAUUAGCCCUUAAGAUGUUUAAUGAAUUACAAAACAGUGUGUUUUUUAUAUCAUUCAGAUUUUUAAAAUUUCAUUCUGUUUUUUUUUUUUUAUCAUGUUAAAUAUAGUUUUGUUUGUAUACAAGAAUGAACUCGGAUAGAUAAGAAAAAAUGAGAUAAGAAGCUGGAAUGGCUGCAGAUCUAUUGUAGGAGUUAUGUAAUAUUGGUCGGUAGAUAAAUACAUGUCGAUGUGGUAUGAUACACCUUAAAGUUAAAUUUCAAGAGUAUACAUGUAUAUAUUUAUGUAUGUAUUUGUCAAAGCCACUUUGUUCAGUAGGUUAAACUUAUUCCUUCCAAACUCUGGAAUGUUAUUUAAAAACAUGCUUGGAAUUUUUGAUUUUGGGGUUAUUUGUGUUACUAUGAAAGUACAGUCUGUCUUUUGAAAAUUAUAUAGUUUAGUUAGCCAUUUAUUUUUAUAAUUUUAAAAAAUAAUUUUUUUCAAAAGUGAAAAUAGGGCAUUACAAACAUAACCCAACAUAUAAUGUGUAUAUUUCCUGGGAAAAUGUAAAAUUUACAGUAGGAAGAAAUAUACUUGUAAUUUAAACUAGGAAGAAAUAUUGUAAUUUACAGGAGGAAAUAUACUUGUUUACAGCAAAUUUUUUUAUAUCAAAGCAAGAGGGGCUUUACAUAUUAUGAUUAAACACAGGUCUGAUCAAAAAGCGAUAUCUGUAAAUUCCUGCAUCUUUAGGUGGCCUUCCAAUUUACAUGGAUCAAAAUUUAUGUAUGUUGCAUUAUGGGAGAGUAGUUCAGAGUUUGUUUCAUGUAUGGCAUUUCUUGCAUAUAGUGCUGUAGCUUUGUAUAUGAUCGUUGGUUAGCUUUAGUUUUCAUUUUCAUUUUUGGAAUAUUGUAAAUUUCUUUUUGCAAGGAAGGAGUAUCUGGGUAUUUCUUCCUAGAGGCAUUGAUUUGUAGAAAUCAUGUGGAUAAACUAUCGUGAAUUUCAUAGAAAGUCUGAUCGUUUGCUUGGAAUGUGCUGAUUGAAUCAUGGCUUCACAUUCAAAAGUUUUAAGCCUAGGAAUGAAGCAUUACACUGAAUGCCAUUGUGAUUGUUACAUCAACAACCUUGUAGAAUUUUAUGUGUAGCAAUAAAAUUUUUACUUUUUGUUAGAAAUCACAUAUGUAGUCAAAUAAAUUUUUAACUUUUUUUUUUACAUGUAUUGUUCAUUGUUAAACAAUAACAUUAUUUAAUCACUCUUCAAAAAUUUACCUAUGUUUAUAAACAUUACAAAUUUUAUCUUCUUGUUGCAUGUUUUUUAAGCAAAAAUGUAGAAACAAUUUAAAUUAUCAUGAUUAUAUAGCUUAAAGGAUUUUUUUUUAAAAAGUAACGAAGCAAGAGGACAUCUGUUAUACAUGUUAUUAGAGAGAUAUUAUCAAAGUCUUUGUCGUCCAAUUCAAGUUGGAAGUCUACUAUAGUAAAAGCUAGAGUUAUAUAACUAGUGAUUAAGUUUAGUGAAAUUCUAGUGUUAUGAAUUAGACUGCUUUAUUAUUAGAAAUAUAAUGGAACACCUUUCUCAGGGAGGAUAAUAUAACUACAACAAAAAGUCUGUUUUUUGUGAACAUAAUUACAUAACGGUGUGUCCACGUGUGUUAUUAACUGUGAUCUAAAGAAGUUCUGUAAGCAAUCAUUUUUUUUAAUUUCUCGGUCCAAAAACAGUCUUCCAUUUUUUGCACAAGACUGUAUAUGUGCAACAACCAUUUCAAUUGCUUUUAAAUAAGUCCAUAUGCAGUUUUUGCAAAGAAAAGGAGGGAAUGGAUAAUUUACACCAAUAUGUUUAAAUUCUGAGAUGUAUUGUACGUUUGUGGGUCAGUAGAUUAGUAUUCAUGUUGAGAUACUCAAGGCAUAGUGCUGAGCAAAGAGCUAAAUGUGUUUAAUUUCCGAUUUAUCCUCAAAGCCAAGGCAAUAUAAUGUCUGUAAGCUAGAUAAGGACCAGCAAGACAGAGUGAAAUAAGCACUGAGGUAAAAUUUGUUAAAGAUGUUUCGUUGGGACCAAUCUUAUAAAUUCUAAAGAAAAUUGAAAAUGUGAUGUUUUGGCUUUGAGUAUAAUGUAAUAGGAAACGACAAUAGUUUGGUGUAUAUUGGAAUGGAAUGUUAGAAUGUUUUGAUUGUAGUUCGUGAGGACAAAUAUGAUUUUUUUUUUUAGAGUAUCAUGCAUCUGUUGUCACUGAAACACAAAUCUGAGUCUUUUUUUUAAAUUUCAUUUUGUAGAUUUUUUUAUUUUCAUUUAAAAUGUGUCAUCAUUCAUUAGAAAUAAAAUCACUUGGCUGAUUGAAAA